AUGAAAAAAUCAACUACCAUUGAUACAUUUUUCAAAAUAAAAAAUGUUGAAGUUUCAACAUCUGAUGUCUCAUCAAAUCCAUCCGUAUCAGUGGAUGUAGAUCAUGAAAAUUCAAAAAAUCGGCCAAUAAAGUCUUUAAGACUUGACAUUAAAGAAGGGUUUGAUAUAAAUUCAUUAGAGCGUGAUCCAGAAAUACGCCCGCCAAUAUGGGAGUAUCCACCUGAGAAGUGUGAUGAAGUUCGCAGAACUUACAUUAAAGCUGGUCCAUUUCAGAUUAUGCUAUCUAGAUAUCGAAAAUCAAAAGAAGCUCAUUCACAUGCACAUCCUAGAUUGAAUGCAUUUACUAUUAAUGGAUUUCGAUCAUGGAAAAAAGUGAGAGGAAAAAAUUGUGCAUUUUUAGCACAUAUUGGAGACGAUAUAAAUUCACCUCAUAGAAAUGCUGAGAAAGCAGUUGCAGAUCUCAUGAACCAACCAACACAUAUUGGAAGAAGGUUUGCGAACUUCACAUCACAAGAAAUCGCUGACAAUAGACUUCGUUUGAAAACAUCAAUUGAGGGGAUUAGGUGGCUAGCAUUUCAAGCAUGCCCUUUUAGAGGUCACAAUGAAUCUAAAACUUCAAUUAAUCGGGGAAACUUUUUAGAGUUAUUAAGUUUCAUAACUUCCGAUAAUGAUAAGGUAGCAGAAGUUUUGGAUAAAGCUCCACGAAAUGCAACAUAUACAUCACCAACAACGCAAAAACAAGUUUUGCAUGUCUUGGGAAAUAAAGUGAGAAACAUGAUUCAUGAAGAAAUUGGUGAUGCAAAAUUUUCAGUAAUAGUUGAUAAAGCACGAGAUGAAUCUAAGAAAGAGCAAAUGUUAAUUGUUUUGAGAUUUGUUGAUAAAGAUGGGUAUGCGCAAGAACGUUUUUUCGGGCUUAUUCAUGUCAAAGACAUUGCUGCUUUAACAUUAAAAGAAGGUAUUUUCUCUAUACUCUCUAAUUAUAGUCUUGAUGUUCAAUCUAUUUGUGGGCAAGGUUAUGAUGGCGCAAGUAACAUGCGUGGACAAUGGAAUGGUUUGCAAGCUUUAAUUUUAAGUGAAUGUCCUUAUGCUUACUAUGUUCAUUGUUUUGCACAUCGUUUGCAAUUGGCAUUAGUUGCUGCAUCUAGAGAAGUUAUUCGUGUCCAUCAAUUUUUUACAAAGUUGAACUCCAUUAUUAAUAUUAUUGGUGCUUCAUGUAAGCGCAAUGACCAACUAAAAGCUGCUCAAGCUGCAAAUAUUGCUCAUUUACUUGAGAUUGAUGAACUAGAAAGUGGGAAAUGA